AAUAAAAAGUCUCCCUUUGAAAAGCAGCCAUAGGAGGAGGAGAGAGAGAGCUCUCCACGUUUUCUCAUCACAACAAGCAAAACUGAAUAAAAAAAACAAAACCAAAAAAACACUCGCUUUUGACAGCACAAAAAAGCAACAAACCCAAUUACCCUCAUCUUCUACCUACCUACCUAUAAUCUCACAACCCUCCACCGUCACCACCUCCUUUUUUCUCCACCGCCCUUCUCUGCAAUCCAACGGUCUGUUUUUGUUCCGAUCAAUUCAUUUUUUCAACAUUUCUUGUUAGACCUAAUUUGUGCGGUCAAUUCUGUUUAUUUCUGGAUCGAAUUCGAAUUUGAAUUCAAACCCUAGGGUUGCAGAACACCAAAAGGAGCUCAAUUAAUUCAAAUUCCCGGUGAUUUUUCAUCUGGGUCGAUGGCGGAUCUUGAAAAUAGGCUCGAAUUGUCGGGUAAGCCCAAACCCACCACCUUGUUCUUCAAUCGAUCGCUUAGCAUGUACCCUACCCCCAUGGAUGCUCCCAAGAAGCCCCAUUUCCAUGCUUCGAUCGAUCACCACACAAAUUCCUUCAAGAAAUUCUACAAUUCCAUCGAGACGGUGCGUUCCGCCAGCAGUUCCUUCAAAGGGAAGGUCAAGAAGCUCUGCAGUUUUUUCGAAUCGGAUAAACCUGGGUCGCGAAAUCCUGAUGAAUCACAAUCCCUGAUGAAUGUCAAGCUAAGACCCUCGAAGUCAAUGGCGCCGUCGAAAUCCAUAGCGCCAGAUUUUCGGAUUCUGUCGAUUCGGUUGCCAGGCACGGAUGAUCGAAUUGUGGUGUAUUUCACGAGUUUGCGAGGGAUUCGGAGGACAUAUGAGGAUUGUUAUGCUGUGAGGAUGAUAUUCAAGGGGUUUGGGGUUUGGGUUGAUGAAAGAGAUAUAUCUAUGGAUUCGGCUUAUAGGAAAGAGUUGCAGAGCGUUUUGGGUGAGAAGAAUGUGAGUUUGCCACAAGUAUUUAUAAGGGGAAAGUAUGUGGGAGGUGCUGAGGUGAUCAAACAGCUGUUUGAGACUGGGGAAUUGGCGAAAAUUCUUCAAGGGAUUCCUAUUCGGAAACCCGGGUUUGUGUGUGAAGGUUGUGGGGAUGCGCGGUUCGUGCCCUGUAUGAAUUGCAGUGGGAGUAGGAAGGUAUUUGAUGAAGAUGAAGGGAUGCUCAAGAGGUGCUCUGAGUGCAAUGAAAAUGGUUUGAUUCGGUGUCGUGAUUGCAGCUCUUGAAUUGCCAAAUGCCACGUUGCUGCAUACUCUAGACGCCCUGCUGUUGUUCAUAAAUAAAUAACUACUCGAGAAUAGUUGAUGGUAAUGCUUAAAGUUGGGAUCCAAAUUUCUCUUUGAUUUGUGGUUUUUUUGUUGGUUGAUUGUGCAUCUGUUGGGGACUGAUGUUCAUUCACUCUUUGAACUGCAUUUUGAAUAAUAGUGCAUGUUAUCAAGAUGCAAAAUUGGUAUGGGUAUGUCCGAUUGUAAUACGCACUAGGGAGAGGUGUUUCUUUCCUCCCCAAUGGCAAUGUAAAUAUUUAGUAUAUUGUAUCUCUGCAAGGGGUUGCAAACUGAUGAAAUGUAUUGAGAUUGGAUUUAUUUAUGCAUUAA